AAAAAUAGUCAAUCCCGCAUGGCGCUGCUCACGGACGGCAAGCCGAAGGGCUCCAACCCGCUCUGGAAGUCGUGGGACGCCAAGUCGACCAAGGCCGGACCGCACCACUCGGUGUACUGGGUCAAGCACAGCGCGGCGCAUGCGAGCGAAGACAAGUACGGCAACCCAAACUCGCACCCCACGUCGCGCUACACGCUGGCAGCCAAGUACAAUGGCGACUGGGCGAAUGACAAGAAGGCUGGGUACGGCACGCAGGUGUGCGCCAACGGCAACAAGUACGAGGGCGAGUGGGUCGACGGGAAGCGCCACGGCAAAGGCACGUUCUGGGUCAAGCGCCACGCCAAGCUGCGCAAGCAAUACUCGGGCGAUUGGGCCGAAGACGAGCGCCACGGUCUUGGCGUCUACUACUACGAAGAUGGCGGCAAGUACGAAGGCUUCUGGACGCGUGGCCAGCGCGACGGCAAAGGGCGCAUGACGUACGCGGACGGCGCUGUGUACGAAGGCCGGUGGGCCAAGAACGAGCGCAGCGGCAUGGGCACCCUCCACCUGCCCAACGGCAACCACUACGAAGGCUACUGGAUGCACGAUAUGAAGGAAGGACCGGGUCGGUUCUUCUACAAGAACACCAACAAGAUCUACGAGGCCGAGUGGCAGGCCGACACGGCCAAGUGCGGCACGUACCAUGACAUGGACAGCGAGGUGGUUGCACCUGAGCACUUUGAACUGCCCGAGCUCGAGCUCGCGUCGCCAGAGUCGGUGCUCAACGACACGAUCACGGCGCUCCGGGCGCAGCGCCUCGACGACGAAGCGACGCCGUCCGAGGCUGUGUUUGCACUGCCUCUCGACGUCCAAGCCCGCAUCCAAGAGGCGUUCCAUGCGAUCGACCGCGCCCACAAGGGCACGAUCCGAUGCGUCGACUUGGUGCAGCUCCUCCAGCAGAUCGAGUGGGAUGGCCUGCCGAACGAUGAGGCCAGCAUCGAUGGCAAGGUCGAGGGACUGCUCCAGGAGCUCGGCGUGUCGUACGACACGGAGAUUACGUUUCCCGAGUGCGUCGAUAUCCUAGCGAUCCUCCUCGAGCCUGAAGACGACCGGUCGUAGAAUGUACUAUAUUGAGGCUGAUGAAGAAGAGGACGAGGAUGGACUUGCAUCUAAACGCCGCUUGUCUUGUCUA